AUGGCAACACAAAAUGACCUCCAAGAGCUUAUACGCCUGCUCACGGCGCGUAAAGUGUCCAUGAUGGCAGCCAUGGGCCACGUAAAAGCUCUGCAAUCAAAGAAUCUCCGGAGUAUCGCUCAAAUCGCUGAUGCCCCUUUGGCUACAGUCGAGGAAGCCCUCGGUGAUGAUGCCAAGAUAGCAAAGAGUCUUCACACAGCGUGCAAGAAUCACGAGAAGAAGAGUGGUACUAAGCGCGCAGCUGAAGAUGGCGCCAAAACUACUGCGGAAGUGAAGAAGCCGAAACUUGAGGCCCAUCGACGUGAUUUAGACUAUAGCGCUAUGUCUGGAGAUGAUCUCGAAGCAGCUCUAGAGUUACCCUUGGAAGAGGACGAGGAAAUCAUUCGAAACACUACCGUUAUUACUAAUAGGGCGCCCUUGCUCUUGGCUUUUGCUGUUGAACUAUUACGAUUUACUAUGCCGGAACAGCCUCUGAGCAGUCGGUUGAGUCUCGCGCAGGCUGUCGUGAGCGCCAAUUCGCGAACCAAAGCUAUAAGUAUAGGUGUCGAGAAGGCUCUCCCUGGUGGACAAGAAAAAGCCCCCGAGGGACAACCAAAGAUUUCGAUUAUGAACCGUCCCGUUCCGGUUCUCAAACGAGGCGGAUAUACCUGGUCAGGCUCUUCUCAGGUUACAUCAUCCAACGCUUCAACAGCAACCCUUCAGAGCAGUCCACCAAACCCAAAAGGCUGGAUCGCAAGUCGAAAGUUAUCUUCGAGGGGUUCUACAUUCAUAGCCCAUGCUAUACCUAUAACUUCACCUUCUACACGUGGUGCAGUUAUCAAAUCUCUCAUGGCUGAGAAGCCAGAGUUGGAGACUGCAACGCACAACGCCUGGGCUAUUCGGACCAGCUUCGGAAACUCACCCCUUAAACAAGAAGCCUCUUUUGACGAUGGAGAGUCGGGAUGUGGAAACUUCUUGCUCCAACAACUGCGCGAUCUCGACAUCAGCAAUACGCUCGUCGUGCUUACAAGAUGGUACGGCGGUGUCAUGCUUGGCCCCGAUCGCUGGCGCCUGAUGAGGGAGUGCCUCAACGACGCUCUAUCAUCUCAGAAGCGUACAUCUAGCCUCAAUGGGGAACCUGUCUGGGCUCUCGAUCCAGAAGACAAGAAUCCCUCAACGUCAACUGUCGGCAUGCCGAUCCAUCGACCAGAGGGUGCACGGAACUACAUUCUACGAGCCUUUGCGCCAGUUGAGGAUAGCGGAAAGAAGACGGUCACCGCUGCCAACGAAGAGAAACAUGAGAAUCUGGGACGUGUUCUCGGUGCGUUGCGAUUACUGUUUGGGAGCUGGGGUGGUACUCUGGGCCGCGAAGAGCUGGAUAAGCGAGCGUGGACUUGGUAUAUCAACCUUCGGCCUGAUGUUCAAGCUGGACCUGCGGGAUGGGGUGCAAAGGGAACGUUGAAUUUAGGAAAGGUAUUGGACUUGAGGAGGAACGAAGGUACAUAA